CGCGCGAGCGGGGCACCACACUCUGGAUCAGAGCGCUGGAUCUGGGAGGACAAGAUCUACAUUUGGAAGAACAGGGAGAUUAUUUUCAAUUGAAUACUUAAGUUGUGUUGGUCAUGAGGAGUUCAGAGUGAAGCGCGCUUCUCCUGGCGAGUGUCGUGUAGUGCUGUCGCGUGUUCUUCUGGUAUCUGCAAACGCGCGUUUUUCUGCCCAGAUGUUAGUGCACACGUAUCCUUCCACGGACCGCCAUGACGGGGUACCGAGCCACAGUUCUAGACUGUCCCAGCUGGGCUCAGUGUCUCAGGGUCCGUACUCCAGCGCUCCGCCGCUCUCUCACACCCCUUCUUCGGACUUCCAGCCGCCGUAUUUUCCCCCGCCCUACCAGCCUCUGCCGUAUCACCAGAGUCAGGACCCGUACUCACACGUCAGUGACCCGUACUCUCUGAACGCCCUACACCAGCAACAGCAGCACCCGUGGGGCUCCCGUCAGCGACAAGAUGUGGGCUCGGAAAGCGGAUCUUUACUGCCGCAGCCUAGAGCCUCGUUACCGCAGCUCUCCGGUCUGGACCCCCGGCGGGAUUACUCGAGCGUGCGCCGGCCGGAUGUGUUGCUCCACUCAACGCACCAUGGGCUCGAAGCGGGGAUGGGUGACGGUCUUUCCCUGCAUGGCCUGGCACACGGCAUGGAGGAUGUGCAGGCUCUGGAUGACAAUAGCGGGAUGAACAUUCUGGAUCAGUCCGUCAUUAAAAAGGUUCCCAUGCCACACAAGAGCGUCGCUUCUUUUAUGAUGAACAAAGAUGGUCUAAUCGGGGGGAUCACCGUGAACGUCAACGAGGUCUUCUGCUCGGUGCCCGGCCGCCUGUCGCUUCUCAGCUCCACGUCCAAAUAUAAAGUGACGGUCGGCGAAGUCCAGCGGCGCCUCUCUCCGCCGGAGUGCCUGAACGCGUCUCUGCUCGGCGGGGUCCUGAGGAGAGCGAAGUCGAAAAACGGAGGAAGAUCACUGAGGGAAAAGCUGGAGAAAAUCGGCUUGAAUUUGCCUGCUGGGAGACGCAAAGCAGCGAAUGUCACUUUACUGACGUCUCUGGUUGAAGGUGAAGCUGUUCAUUUGGCUCGGGACUUUGGCUACAUUUGCGAAACUGAAUUCCCCACGAAGGCCGUGUCUGAAUAUCUGAACAGACAGCACACGGAUCCAAACGAGCUGCACUCGCGGAAGAACAUGCUGCUCGCCACGAAGCAGUUGUGUAAGGAGUUCACAGACCUGUUGGCCCAGGAUCGUACUCCUAUAGGAAACUCUCGGCCUACGUCCAUCCUCGAGCCUGGAAUCCAGAGCUGCCUGUCACACUUCAGCUUCAUCACGCAUGGCUUCGGUUCUCCGGCCAUCUGUGCCGCGCUCACAGCUUUGCAGAACUACCUGACUGAAGCCCUUAAAGGUCUCGACAAGAUGUUCCUGAACAACCCCACGCCUAACCGACACACGUCCGCCGACGGAUCCAAAGGCGCGGAAAAAGAGGAAAAACACAGGAAAUGAGUUGGAAUUACAACAGGAUAUCAAGAGAGAAGGGGCUUCAAACAAAGUCAUUGGAGAUGUUCAGAGAUUCUUUAAACUCUAGUUUUAUGACAUUGCGUUUUACAUUCUGGUGUGAAGGUGCAACGUGAAAAACACAUCGUGGGAAAGCAAAAGGGAUAAGAGACUGGAAGACGCAUCUCUGCUGUGACUCGUUCGCCAUUUUCAUCUCAUUCCUGUGAGAAUGCUGGAGGAGUGCGUGUGCGUUUUUGUGUAUAAAAAGUAUGCGAUAUUACAUGAUGUUUAACACAUGCUGUAUCACACAGGCUGACCUUUACACACAUGAAUCCGAUCAUUCAUAAUUUUUGAGCUCAUCUUUGUACUCGCCAGCAUACAGGAGGACAGGGUCGGUUCGGAUAUCGUUCAAAUAUUUUAUUUAAAUACAAUUAUUGAGCAGUCUUGGGGUGUUAGUGGGUUACGUCUCAUACAUUAUUUACAUGUAAAGAUACACACAGGUAUGUUUUGUUAAAAAGUGGCUGUUAAAUGAUGACUUGUUCCACUGAGAUUACAAAGAGAGACUGAAAAGAAUAGAUUUUAUUGCAUUGUUUAAAUCAUGCAGUCUUAUGAGCAUUAGCCAAAAAUAACAGUGCUACAGCAAACCACCAUGGUAGUUAGAAAAGUGAGAUUUCUUAAUACAGAUGUUUAAUUCAGGCAGAAUUUCUUAAACAGAUACUCCAAAACUCACAUUAUAGUAAUAAAUUACAAAGCAUAAAUGCUAUAUUGAAAUUCUCAGUCAGACCAGUGAGUACAAUACAAUUUUUACCAGACAUUUCGACAGGUUUUUCUUUUAUUGGAGAUUUAUAUUUAGACAGUUUUCCUGAAGCCACUCAGAAUCAGUUUAACUGGGUGGUUGCGCAAAGAAAAAGAAAUCAUCUGUUGCGCAAAUCGAAAUCGUUUUGUAUUUCUUCGAAACUGCUGUUUGCUCUGUCAUGCUAUUCAAUUCUGUGAAAUAUGAGGACAUUUUCAUUAAGUUACCAUGGCAAUCAAGUUAAAAUCAUAAUUGUUUCCUUGAUAUUUUCUCUGUUGCUCACACACGUUUUGUUUCGUUUGCACAGACUUAAACCAACAAUGAUAAAAUCGUACAUUUAAGGACUAAAACGAUUAUCUCAAAUGAAGCCUGCAUUGACCAAAUGUCAUUGAAAACAAAUAAUCCCGAUUUAAUGACUUUCUCAGGCUAAAAAAAACUGGGAUAACGAGUUGACCCCGCGCGCUGGAACACUGGCACGCGCAUACCUUCACGCGCUCACCUCACCUGCGAGCGCACAUUCUACAUUCGUGGGCGAGCGCUUGUCAAUGAAGCUGGAGCACAGCCUGUCUGUCAAAGUUAAUAUUUGGUUAACUCUGUGUGAGAAUGGUUCUUUUAUUUAUGUUUGUAUAUAUUUAUUUAUACUUAAUUUAAUGGACGUUUGUACAUAGGAAUAGACUGGGUCGUCUGUUUGUGACUCUCUGUGCGUGGGUGAACGCUUGGUUUAGAUAGCAUCUUGUAUUUUUUGUUUCAUAGAUACGGUGUUAUGUGGUGAAGGGUAGAAGUUGGUUCAUGUCUGGUGAUUUUCAUUUACCUCGAAUUAAAAAUAAAUCGUGUUUUAUUGUA